UUAAGAGAAUUUAAAUAAAAAAAUGCUAUCUAAUAUAUUUUCUUUCCAAUUUUGAGUGACAGAAUUAGGUUAAGUUUUGAAUGUUCAUUUAAAGGCUUUGGAAUGGCAGGAUAUAAUUACUUUAAAAAUAACAUAUUACUUGCAAUAAUAAUUUAAUUUAAUUUGUCCUAAAAUUUGUUAUGAUUUAUUUCUUCCCAUAAAAACCAACCAUAUUAGUGAGUAAAGCUGGCACUAGAGGCGAAGGCGGAGGCAAAAAAGUUAAAAGUUGAAUGCAAAAGAUAGAAAGCGGGAAACACGUGAGAUCAAACCACUCGCCCCACCAACCCAAAUUCAAAGCCAUAGCUGAGUCAUCUCACUACUCUGCGUUCUCAAAAAUUCACAAAAUGUGGCAAGUUCUCUUGGCAGCUGCAGUCGCAGGAUCAGGGAUCUUUGCUAAAAACCUCUUUUCCAACAACAAUGCCGAUCCCACCGUUUCACCACCACCGCCUCAGGCGGAACUUCAAACACAUGACAAAUGUGAUCAGAACCACCACAGACGAUCUUCUUCUCGUUCAGCCUCAAAGGAGGUUAGUCAAUCGAAUCAGAGUGGAGUUGUUGGAGAAGCUGAGGAGAUCUUUAGGUUUUCCAGUUCCGGUGUUUCGAAAAAACCGAGGACCAGACCUCGUGGAUUCAAGAAGAAGGUUGAAGUUGAGGGAAUCUCUCUUUCCUUCAAGAAGAGGAGGACCGGCAAGGCUGCUUCUGUAAAGUCAUCUACAGAUGGCUCAAGUUUUGUUUGGGGACUUGGCGUUGGAAUGAUGUACAUGAUGUCAGCUGGGAAAGCCGAAAUCAGUAAGCUGAACACAAGCAUGGAUGAGACUGCAAAAGUAGUUCAGGAAUUAAAGACUGAACUUUACAAAAGAAAAUCAUCACGUAAUUUGCAAGUUUCAAGUUUUUCAAGUGAAGCAGACACUAGUCCAAAGAAAAUUAGAGGCAAGCAUACUGCACAAGUGCUUGCUAAGUCAAGUACUGGAAACCAAGAUCCUAAUGAUGUCAAUAUUUCUUCUCUUCCUGUCAUUGAUGAUGGUGAAUAUGCAAGUAGUGUUCUUACUGAAGAGCCACGGCCAGAGGUGCUUGAAAUGGAUCAACUGGAAGCAGAGCUUGAGUCUGAACUGCAAAAACUUCCUUGUUGUGCCACAGAUGCUCCUGACUGUGAAGAAAUAAGACCAGAUUUGGGUGACACUCGAGAAGUUUCAGCCAAAGAGUUUCAUGAACUGGAAGGUCAGAAUUCCAAUUCUUAUCAGUUCCAUGGUGUGUUGCCAGCUGAACUGGAUCAGAAACUGUGCCAUGUGCUCAUCGAACAGCAGGAAAAUCAAAUUGUGGAUCUGGAGUCUGAACUGCACUUGGCCCAGUCCAAACUACUUGAAAAGGAAGCAGAACUCCAAGCACUGAAAGACUGCGUUAAACGCCUAACUGAAUUCUCCCUGUCAACUGUCUCAGAUGAUGAAGCUGAAUCACAAGUGGAACAAAAGAGGCUCAUCAAUGGGAAUUACAAUAACGACACUGGAAAUGGCUCAAAACGAUCAGCCGUUGGGAUGAAAAGGGCCCUUGAUUCUGAAGCAUCCAGUUACUAUGUAAAAUGACACUUAUCUGCAGUGAUUCCUGAUUGACUUUAGCGGGCCUUCCUGCAUCUGCCUCGAUGGUCAAGCUCAUUUUCGAGUGCCAGAAAGGGGCCUGAAACCUUGGUUGACUUUUUGUUUCCCUGUUGGGUUGAGAAUAUGGCUCACAUGCCCAUUCAACAGGAAAUUACUAGUCGCAUUGAGCGAUCCAGAGGUGGGUUUGAGUUCAGUAGGGAUAGUUUCGGAAAUUGGUAAAAACUACAAAACUGAAAAAAGAAUGAUAACUGUAUGACAUGGUGGCUGUUGCUUGUGCAGAAAGAUGUGUAAAAAGAUAGGUGGAGCCAUGAUGGGGCUGCCCCUUUUUUCCCUCCUGUGAAAAUUCAGAUGACCCC